UUUGGAAGUCUUCUGUGAUUGCUGGUCUUAGUAGGCUUCCUUGAACUUUCCCUCAUCUUUCCUCCACUCUUGUUUAAUUUUCCUUUUUGUGUCCAGUCCUUUAUUGUGAUAUCUUAAUGUGACAGUGAUCAUUGCUGAAACUUCAAUGAAAUGAAAUUCAAUGGAACAGAUAGAUAUUGUGAUACUAUGAAGAGGGUUUCCUCUUUGUCACCAGUGAAGAAGAUGAAUGUCUCAAACCAAAGAGAAGAUGAGUAUCUCAGACCAAGAUCAAAUGGUGCUAAAAGUGCACCCAUUAGAAUACGAUUGACAAAGGCAGGUCCUCGUCUAUGCGAAAGCAGCAAGAAGGAUGCGGCUGCAGCUGCUUUUUGCCAACCAUCAGAAGAAGAUCUUGAUCUAUACGAACAGUUUGGUAAUGACAGAGAGUCGAUGUGGUUGUCUACAGAUUGUUCAUCACCUUCUGCCUUUUUUAGAGAGUAUAGGUGGUCUGAUUCAUUUCACUCAAAUGAGCUGUUGUUACCUUCUUGGUUGUCAUUGCUGACAAGAGAAAAUCCUAUGGAAGAGGCAUCUAAUUUGCCUAUGCGGAAAGCUUCUCGAGAUGAAGACAAUAAUUUAGAGGAAGAUAUGAAGGAUGAAAAGAUAGUUACUUGGCUACUUAGUUCAGCUAAAAGUGAUGCAAAUGCAAGAGGUUUCUCUGUAACCUCUUCAACUCCUCUUAGCACAAAAUCUGAUUCUUCUCAGAGUCUAGAUUUCGAGAGGAUAGGUUUUCGCGUAUCUUUAUUGAAUCUUGAUGGAGAGGAUAACAAAUUGAUACCAGGUGCAGAUCCAAAGUUGGAUUAUUUUCCGUCAGAUUUUCCAAGUCCAUCUUACAAGAGUAAUUGGGGUCAUGAAUUUCAGUCAUGUAAUUUUAGUAGUGGAGCACAAAGUGAAACAUCAGGAUGUGAUUUUUCAUCAGAACAUGCUUCUGAAGCUGCAGAUUGCUUAGAUCUAAAUACUGAUGAACCACUUUUCUGGCCAUACGAACAGAAAAUCGAUUGGAAUUCUGAAGCAACUUGGAACUACUUUUCCAUGUCGCCGCGGAAGGACGCAAGUAUAACAACUUUUGGAAGUCCACCAGAUUCAGUUCAAUUAAGCCACCAUGAUAGGAACAUAGAUCUCAAAGAAGGGCAGAGGAGAAGGCUAGUGUUCAGCUCAGGAUCAGCAGCAUCAAAGAUAAUGGAAUUAAAACAAAGAUACAACAAGGGUGCACGCAGGACCAAUACUUUGCCUUCAAGGUUGAGCAGGGCAACCAAAACUUCUGCGAAAAUUGUACCUUUAAACAUGAAAGAUGAUACUGCAGAACUCAAAGAUAGAAAAGCUCAUGUUGAAAGACCAGUCGGUAUGGUUAAAGCUCCUGUAGAAGAAGGUUCUGCUUCAAAAGAACUUCCAAUUGAGAUGUUCUUGGGCCUUGAUGAGUUUGACGGGCAUGAGGGAGUUGAUUCAGAAUUUGAUAAAGAUGACUUCUCACUGCAUCUGUCUCUCCGUUAAUUGGAUCGUCGCGCGUCUCUCAUUGAGCAGAGGGCCGGGGCAUAAAGUAAAAUCUGGAGAAUGAUAACAAGAUUGGUCAAUCUUUUAGCAGAUAUCUAGGUUCUUACGAGCUUAAAUUUGGCUCUGGAUGCCACUGUCUUACUAUUUUAUGGACUUGUUGUUCACUUUAUUUCUUCAUGUUUCCUUUCGUUUUGUUGCAGGCAGGAUUCAUGUGCGUCCAAUGUACAGAGAAAAAUUGAUAAAUGUAUACAGACAACAAGUAUUUCUAAAUUGUGAGCAUAAAAUGACAGGCUUCACGUUAUCCACACAGAACAAAUCAUGGCCUGCC